AUGGAGGCUGGAACCAAACCAAAUCGACGAUUACCGGAACAACAUCGUAAAGGUGGUCUCCCUAUCGGGUCUGUUGGAAUUAAACGGCUAGACGGUUUCUUCGAUUAUCUUUUCAACGUUUGUUUUCCUAAAGAUCAUCCAGUCAAUACCGGUGGUGUUCCGGAAGGAUUGAAGCCCGUUGAGUUCAGCCAAACGGAUGUUUCUGAGGUUGAGCCAUUUCAUGAUCCCGAUGCUCAUGUGGCGAACCCUACUGGGUACAUAGCCAAGAAUUUAGCGCAUUCUGGAAGUUCUUAG